GUUAUUAUUUUUUAUUAUUUUUUAUUUAUUUAUUUCAUAUCUUCUAAUUGCUUAAUGCUUUCGUGAAUUCUUCGGUUUACAUAUAUUAUGUGGAUAUGUAUAAGUAUAUUUGCUAAGAUGGAUUAUUCUGAUUGGUUUACAAAUAAUAUUUGUUAAAUUUUGUGAACCGUCACAAUCGUCUACCUAAACGUGUACUGGUACAUAUCCGUAUAAUAUGUGGACCUGGGUGCUAUUAGGGGGUGAAAAUAAAUGCGACAAUAUCCUGUAUAAAAUGUCGAUAAAUUUAAAUAGGUCAGUAUUAUAUAAAAGUGUAUUAGACACAUUAUUAUUAUAUAUACACACACACAUCUAUGUGUGUUUGUGGGCGCUCACAAAAUUGUUAGAUUAAGUUUGAGAUACUAGUUGCUAUUAUAUAUAAUAUGAAUAUGGAUAUGAUUGUUCAUCUGUACAUUUUACAAUUAGAUGAAAAUAAUGGAUGUUAAGGGCUUUCAAAAUUUGAUUGGUUCUAUUAGACUUUUUAAGACAUGCCUAUUAGUAUUUGUAGAGAUAGACUAUUAUUAGUACUAUUUUUUAUUUAUUUUUUAGUUUAUUUAUUUCAUGUCUAAUUGCUUAACCCUUUGGUGAAUUCGGGAUAUGUAUCGGUAUAUUUGCUAAGGUGAAUUAUUCUGAUUGCUUUACAAAUAAUAUUUGUUAAGUUUCUUAUAUUAAAUACUAUUUGUGAACCAAUCACAAUCGUCUACCUAAGCCUUGUACCGGUACAUAUCCAUAUAACACGUGUACCGGAGUGCUAAUAUAUUAUAGAUUUAUAGGAUUGUUUAAAUUAUUAUUAUUAUUAUUAUUAUUAUUAUUAGGGGGUGAAAAUAAAUGCGACAAUAUCCUGUAUAAAAUGUCUAUUAAUUCAAAUAGGUCAGUAUCAUAUAAAAGUAUAUUAGACACAUUAUUAUAUAUAUACACACAUCUAUGUGUGUUUGAGAUACUAGUUGCUAUUAUAUAUAAUAUGAAUAUGAUAUGAUUUGAUUGUUCAUCUGUACAUUUUACAAAAUUGUUAGACUAAGUUUGAGAUACUAGUUGCUAUCAAGGGCGUUCAAAAUUGUAUUGGCCUAUUAGACUUUUUAAGACAUGCCUAUUAGUCUUUGUAGAAAUAGACUAAGUGUUCUAUUUUAAUUUCUUAACAUAAAUAAAAAUGGACUUUUAAAUAUUAACUGGCAAACACAAUAAAAUCUUCAACAAAUAAGAGAAUGAUAGAGUACUAAGCUUAUUCUAAUUUAGAGGUCUCAAUAUAGCUUUUCCCAAUUUUUGUGCCUCAAUUGUACUCUCCUUUUGGUUCUAUAUAUAAGUAAAAUUUAACCUUUUAGAUUCAUUCAACAAGUAAUAGGAGUGUCACAAAAAAAAAAGUAAUGUAUAUAGUCUAUAUUUUUUUACUAUGUUUUGAUCUUUAAUUUAUAAGAUGUCAAGAUUAGUAUUUUAAUUUAGAAAAUGUAUUUUAUAAAAUACAAAGAAAAAAUUCAUUUUCUUAAAAGCUAAAAACAAAAAGGCUCUAUAUUACAUUAAAAUGAAUGUAAAAAGUGAAAUGGUUGGAAGGAGUAAUUGACUGUGCUUAAGGAGUAAUACUUUGAACUCUAGCCCAUUAUAGAAUUUGAUAUAUUCGGCCCAAUUGAAUCGCAAAUUGAACCCUACGUUUAUCUUUCUCUCUCAAUUGAAUCGCAAAUUGAACCCUACGUUUAUCUUUCUCUCUAAUCGCAAAUCAAACCCUCCAUACCUAUCUCUCUCGAUUUCCUCCAUGGCUUGGCGUUGUUGCUUAGCAGGAGUAUCUAAGCGAUUCUAUGCUGAUUCAGAAUUUCCAGUUUGUCGUAAGAUACAUCCAUGUUUGCUAUCUUUCAAGCCAGUAUUCACUGCAUCUAUUCCUCCGACUCGAAUUAGAGAUAUUGCUCAUGGCAAUGACAUCCCACACGACCUCAAGCAGGGGGGAAGAAGUAUGAUCUUCUCUGCUCCGUUCAGCACAGGCCGAGUGCCUCAGCGCACCACAUACGGUGGGAUUAACUGUAAACGUCAUUACAGCCACAUCCCAUACAAUCAGUAUGCUGGAGUUUUUUUUGGGAUUGCGGUAGCUUGUGUGACUCUAUUUCGCAUCAUACGUUGUCGAGUAGUCAAAUAUGAAUGCGAAGAUGAUUCUCUUAGCCCCGAAAAAUUGAGGGCAGAAGUCGACUGGCGAAGAGAAGGGUGCAUGUCAGCCAUUGAUGACCAGGGCUCUACUAAGGCUUGUUGGGCACAUGUUGCCACUUCUGCCGUGGAAUCUAUUGUAAAAAUAGAGACGGAUGUGCUGAAGAAACUAUCGUCGCAGGAGUUGAUUGAUUGUGAUCCUAAAAACAAGGGUUGUCAAGAGGGGUGGGUUGAAAAUGCAUUCGACUACAUUCAAAGGGAAGGGGUAUGUAUGGAAAAAGAUUACCCUUAUUCACCUUUUAACACUCCUUUUAUUCGAAUGCCAUGCCGUGUAAAGAAAGAUUAUGUUAAGACCUUUAUAGGGGGAUACGAAAGUAUCCCCUAUGAAGAGGAUUUCGGUGCAGAAGAGAGAUUGAAGCUUGUUGUACGUCGCCAGCCAGUGGCAGUGGCUGUAUUGGUUGGAAAGGCUUUUAAGAAUUACAAAGCGUCCGACGGGAUUUUCCAAAUAAAUGUGGAUUUUGAUCAUGGGGAAUUGCACUCAUUGUUGAUCGUUGGUUUUGGCCAACUCAAAGAAAAACAGUAUUGGUUAGUGAGAAAUUCAUAUGGUGUUUCCUGGGGUUACAAGGGGUAUGGGUUAAUCGAACGCAACUGUGGAUUACCCGAGGGGCGAUGUGGCAUUGCGUACCGUCCUUUUUAUCCUAUUUUCAAGGUAUGACAAUAUUUUUAAGCAAUUUCUGAUGCU